UCUAUCCUCCUUUUCUUCGCCCCACAAUGUCGACCGAUGAAUAACAUUCUGAAAUUUGUAUUCCACAAUGGUCGAAGAAGAGAGAUGGAAAUGUCAAAAGCAUUCGUCGAAGAUGGUUCUGAGGAAUACAAAUGGUUGUGAGGUUGGACAGUUUUUCAUGAAACAUCCAUUUUUAAUGUUUUGAUUUGGGUUCUUGAAAAUUGGAAUGAACCUUACCAUGAUACCAUCCUCUGAACCAAGAGGAAUGAUUUUGUACUUCAAAGUCACAACCUGAGUAAUACAAACCAUGGGAGUUUGCCCUCUUUGCCUCAAAGAUAGUCUCCUCAAACUCUGCCCCAACUGUGCUAAUGUGCGCCCUUGCGCGUGCUGUACUUCUUCUUUCUCAUCGUCUUCUUCCUUUUCUCACUCCUCCUCUAUCAAUAAUCCAAAGUUUGGACCUGGUAUCGGAGCCGUCGGACGCGUUUCAAAUCUAAUCGACAGUGAGCCUGCAUUCCAAUGUUCCAAAUCCAACAACUUCAACUUCAUCCGAUGGAGACUUUCCAAUAAGGACGCCGUAGCACCAGCUCCUGACCUGAGUCGUGGCAGAUCAUCAUUGUGGUCUGUGUUUAAGUCUUCGAGGAAAACGAAGAAAUCAGAGGAAGAAAAGGAAGAGAAACCGCAGCCGGAACAGGUGAAGAUGAGGAGAGCGAAAUCGGUAGGAAUUUAUGUAAAUCCAACAAUUUCUUCUUUCUCUGAACCUGCAGGCGGCGAUAACAAGUUGAAUAGGGAGGAGUUGGUACUUUCCGAGUCUAAUGAAAGUUUUCGGGCAACCGAAGACAACUAAAAGACAACUGAUAGUGACACUGGGGAUGUUCUCGGCAUUCGCCUGAAUCUCAGGAGCUUAUUUUUGUUGGUGGUGAGAACAACUCUCGAUGGUUCGCGUAAGAGCCAACUGGACCGGCCUUUGAUUUUCUCUACUUGGGAACUAUGGAGCCUUUCGAUCGUAGGGGAGCGACGCGGCAAGAGACAAAUGGGAUUUGUGGUUCGCCUUACCACAAUCUCUCUCUCCCCUGUACUAAGGCCUAACUUAAGUACUAAACUGAUCAUUCCUUCUGCAAACCCACUGCCUGAGCUUUAACGUAGCCGGUUGCAGUCCCUCAUGGCCAGGAAUCCCCCAGCCCCUUACCAUCUUUCUGUGACCCUGGGCAAACCAGCCGCCCUGUCUGACUUUUAUACUCCCUCCGGCCGGCAAUUCUUAUACCCCUAUUAGACUUGCAAAUUGAUUUAAAAAUAAAAAAU